AUGGCCCAGCCUUCUGCCCCCCAAAAUCCCACUGGUGAGCCCACGGCUCCCGUGGUUGAUACUCCCCCCCAAGCCGAUGACCAGACGAGAAACCAAAAUGCCGACGCGGCUGCUCCUAAGGUGAAGACCGAGAAAGAAUUGGAGCGUGAGCGGCGCAAGGCCGAGAAGGCGAAGAAGUUCGCUGAGAAAAAGGCCAAGGCAGCAGCUAAGCCUGCCCCUGCCCCCAAGGCCGAGAAGAAAGAGAAGAAGGUCGAGAAGGAGAAAACCACCGAUGCGUACGAUCCCAAGGUCAUCGAAACCGGCCGUUAUGAAUGGUGGGAGGAGCGCGGUCUUUUCAAGCCCGAAUUCGGUUCUGACAACAAGGUCAAGCCUGAGGGCUACUUCGUCAUUCCUAUUCCUCCUCCUAAUGUUACCGGAUCUCUUCACAUGGGUCACGCCCUCACCAAUGCCCUCCAAGAUACCAUGAUUCGUUGGCAGCGUAUGAAGGGCAAGACUACCCUGUGGUUGCCUGGUAUGGACCACGCCGGUAUCUCCACCCAGAGCGUCGUGGAGAAGAUGCUUUGGAAGAAGGAGAAGAAAACCCGCCACGAUUUGGGUCGUGAGGUUUUCACAGACCGCGUGUGGGAAUGGAAGCACGAAUACCACGCCAACAUCAAGAACGCCUUGCGCAGAGUUGGUGGUUCCUUUGAUUGGUCUCGUGAGGCCUUCACUAUGGACCCUAACCUGUCCGCUGCCGUCACCGAGACUUUCGUUCGCCUGCACGAAGAGGGCAUCAUCUACCGUGCCAACCGCUUGGUUAACUGGUGUGUGGCUCUGAACACCUCCCUCUCCAACCUGGAGGUAGAGAACAAAGAGGUUGAAGGACGUACCCUGCUGGAUGUGCCCGGCUACGAAAAGAAGGUCGAGUUUGGUGUUUUGACUCACUUCUGCUACGAGAUUGAUGGCACCAAGGAAAGGAUUGAGAUUGCCACUACACGUCCUGAGACCAUGAUUGGUGAUACUGGUAUCGCCGUUCACCCCGAGGAUAAACGCUACCAACAGCUGAUCGGCAAGUUUGCCAAGCACCCCUUCGUGGACCGCUUGCUUCCGAUCGUUGCAGACACCGAUGUGGAUCCUGAGUUCGGUACUGGUGCUGUGAAGAUCACCCCGGCUCACGAUUUCAAUGACUUUAACCGUGGAAAGGCCCACAACCUCGAGUUCAUCUCCGUGAUGAACGACGAUGGUACCUUCAACAAGAACGGUGGUAUCUUUGCCGGUAUGAAGCGUUUCGAUGCUCGUUACAAGGUCAUCGAACUUCUGAAGGAGAAGGGACUCUACGUCAAGUGGGAGCACAACCCUAUGAAGAUCCCUCGCUGUGCCAAGUCCAACGAUGUUAUCGAGCCCAUCCUCAAGCCCCAGUGGUGGAUGAAGAUGGAAAGUCUUGCCAAGCCUGCCAUCGAGGCUGUCGAAAAGGGUGACAUUGUCAUCAAGCCAGAGUCUGCCGAAAAGAACUACUUCCGCUGGAUGAGGAACAUUAACGACUGGUGUCUGUCCAGACAGUUGUGGUGGGGUCACCAGGCUCCUGCUUACUUUGUUAAGAUCGAGGGUGAGGAAAACGACGACAGUGACGGCAACCUCUGGGUCAGCGGCCGUACUGAAGAGGAGGCUCGGAAGAAGGCCGAGGUCAAGUUCCCUGGCAAGAAGUUCGAUUUGGUGAGGGAUCCUGAUGUGCUCGACACCUGGUUCUCCUCUGGAUUGUGGCCCUUCUCUACCCUGGGCUGGCCCAACAAGACCCAUGACCUUGAGAACUUGUAUCCUACUUCCGUUCUGGAGACUGGUUGGGAUAUUCUUUUCUUCUGGGUCGCCAGAAUGAUUAUGCUGGGUAUCAAGUUGACCGGCCAGGUUCCCUUCAGGGAGGUGUACUGCCACUCUCUGAUCCGAGACUCGGAAGGCCGUAAGAUGUCCAAGUCUUUGGGUAACGUCAUUGACCCCAUUGAUGUUAUGGAGGGUAUCCAGCUCCAGACCCUCCAUGAUAAGCUUCUUCUUGGUAACCUUGCCGAGAAGGAGGUUGCUACUGCUACCAAGUAUCAGAAGAAGGCUUUCCCUAAGGGUAUCCCUGAGUGUGGUGCUGAUGCUUUGCGUUUUGCCCUUGUGUCUUACACUACCGGUGGUGGUGAUAUUGCAUUUGACAUUCAGGUUAUCCACGGAUACCGUCGCUUCUGUAACAAGAUUUACCAGGCCACCAAAUACGUCCUCGGCAAGCUGGGUGACGACUUCAAGCCUCAACCUGCCGUUUCGAAGACUGGUCGCGAGUCCCUUUCCGAGCGCUGGAUCUUGCACAAGUUCAACUCUGCUGCCAAGGAGAUUAACGAGGCUUUGGAGCAGCGUGAGUUCAACGUUGUUGCUACUACUGUGUACCAGUACUGGUACGCUCAGCUCUGUGAUGUCUUCAUUGAGAACUCCAAGUUCCUCCUCGCUCCUGAAGUGCCAGCUGAGGUGCAGGAGUCGGCUAAGCAGACUCUCUACACUGCUCUUGAGGGUGCUUUGGCCUUGAUCCACCCCAUCAUGCCCUUCGUCACUGAGGAGCUCUGGCAGCGUCUGCCCCGCCGUCCUAACGACAACACUAUUUCCAUCAUGAAGGCCCGGUACCCCGAAUAUAAGGCUGAGUUCAACGACCCCGAGGCUGAAGCUGCCUAUGAACUUAUCUUGAAGACCUCUGGUGCCAUCCGUUCGAUUCUUUCCCAGUAUGAGGUCAAGACCAAGGGAGACAUCAUCAUCCAGACCUACGAUGCCACCAGCCACAAGACCCUCUCGGACGAACUGACCAGCGUCAAGUCUCUGGGUGGUAAGUUCCUGGGCGAUCUCAGCAUCCAGGGUCCAGAGACUACUACUCGGCCAUCGGGCUGCGUGGUGUCUGCUGUUGGCUCUGAGGCAGCUGUCUUCCUCCGCGUGUCCAAGGAGGUCGCUCUUGAACAGGAGGAGAAGGCCAAGGCCAGCCUUGAGAAAGCCCGUGCUGUCGUGACUCGUCAGACUAACCUCAUGAGCAGUGCUGCAUGGAAGGAGAAGGCCAAGCCUGAGGUGCGCGAGAUGGAAGAGAAGAAGCUCAAGGAUGCCGAGAGCGAGACUGCUCGUUUGGAAGAACAGAUUCGCGAAUUCGAGAAGCUGCGGAUCCUUUGGGAGGCUGACUGCAUAGUGGAGAUGGAUGUACUCCGUAUAAAACCCAAGAAUCCGCGCACGGCGCGAAUUCUCAAAGCCAAAGAACCCCAGCUCAUCGAAGGAGCCAAGCGCACAUUGUUACUGCACGGCUCGAAAUGCCCGACACCGCUCCACACGGUUCUUAAGACUUUGCACUCCCUGACCCGGCCGAACUCGCUCCUGUUCCACAAGAAGAAUGAGAAUAUUCGCCCAUUCGAAAGUGCCGAGAGCCUCGAGUUCUUGGCCGAUAAGAACGACUGUGGUAUGGUGGUGUUCGGCAGCAGCAAUAAGAAGAGACCGAACUGCGUGACUAUGGCUCGGGUUUUCAAUGCCAAGCUGCUCGACAUGUGUGAAUUGUUGUUGCUUCCUAGCCCGGAUGGAGACCAGAUUCCCUCGAUGAACAACCUCACCAUGAACGUUGGGAUGGGAUUACGGCCGCUGCUGCUUUUCUCCGGAACGCCCUGGGAUGAUCCUACGUCGUCGGUGCAUGUCAUGCUGAAGAGCAUGUUCAUGGAUAUGUUCAAGGGCGAAACCACGGAUAAGAUUGAUGUGGAGGGCCUGCAAUAUGCGCUCAUGGUUGCGGCCGAGGAACCCACCGAGGGCUUGUCGCCUGUUAUUCACCUGCGGUGGUACAAGAUCAAGACGAAGCGCAGUGGACACAAGCUCCCCCGGGUGGAGUUGGAGGAGAUCGGUCCCAAAUUUGACUUCAAGGUUGGACGUAUCCAGGAGGCUCCUCGGGAUGUCAUGAAGGAGGCUAUGAAGCAAGGCAAGCGGCCUAACGAGGAGAUUAAGAUGAAGAAGAACAUUGGCAUGGAUUCCAUUGGUGAUAAGAUCGGUCGCGUGCACUUGACCAAGCAAGAUCUGGGCGGAUUACAGACGAGGAAGAUGAAGGGUUUGAAGCGGCGUGCCGGCAUGGAAUCGGAUGAGGAGGAUGCCGAUAUGAUGGAUGUGGAUGAGGUUUCCGAGGAUGAGGGCCGGAAGAGGGCUAAGACGGCUUAA